AGGGAAGCAGCCGCGGAGGAGGAGGAGAAACGGAGAUCGAGGCGGGACUUGGAGUCCUAACUACUGACGGUACGGUGAACUCGGGGGCUCCCGGGGUCCCACCGCGAUCAUGGUCAAGCUGGCGGCCAAAUGCAUCAUGGCAGGUGACGCCACAGUGGGGAAGAGCUCCCUGGCGCAGAUGUUCCGGAGCGACGGGGCUCAUUUCCAGAAGAACUACACCUUGACCACGGGCGUGGACUUGCUGGUGAAGCAGCUGACGGUUCCUGACACGAACGACAGCGUGGAGCUCUUCAUCUUCGAUUCUGCCGGCAAAGAGCUGUUUUCCGAAAUGCUGGACAAGCUGUGGGAACAUCCCAACCUCUUGUGCCUUGUCUUUGACGUGACCAACGAGCAGUCCUUCACUAACUGCGCCAAGUGGCUGGAGAAGGUGCGGGUGCAGCUGCAGGGCUCCACUCUGCCAGGCGUGUUAGUGGGGAAUAAGACCGACCUGGCCGGCAGGCGCGUGGUGGAGGCAAGUCGGGCCCAGGAAUGGGCCGGGACCCACGGCCUGGAGUAUUUCGAGACGUCUGUGAAGGAGAUGGAAAACUUUGAAGCCCCUUUUCGCUGUUUGGCCAAGUUGUUCCACCAGCUGUAUCGGGAGAGGCUGGAGCUCUUCCACUCGCUGGUGUGAGGAGCGUCUCUGAGAGAAGACCCGAGAUUUGCUGUGUGCACAGUGAUUGAGCCACAAAGAAAUACCCCUGGGAAAAUAAAUAUCGAAGCAGUGCUUCCUUGCCAUCAA